AUGGAAGGGCCGGCUUUGCAUUGGAUGCGUUGGUUGAGACAACACACUGUGGACAUUUCUUGGCUUCAGCUUACCCAAGAGCCGCUCCACUGCUAUGGAGGACACAUGAGUGCUAACCCUUAUGAGCGUUUGCCUGAGAAAAACAGCGUAGAUUUCAUCAGAAAGACAAUGCAAAUGCAUGAAGAUACAUUCAAACAGCAGGUAAUUCAUCAAGACUCUAGUGUAAUUUUAAUUCAGGAAUCUAACGAAGAAACUGAGGAACUUGAAGAAGCUGAUGCUGAAACUUGCGGAAGAAGACAUAUAACUGCUGUUAGCACUGCCAUUGAUGAUGAAAGGGCUGCAGAAGCAAGGUCUUUCAUCCCAUUGAAAGGGAAUUAUAAAAUGAGCAUCCAUGGCCCUGACCGAGAAAGUGAAGCGGAGCUAACAUUAAGCAUUGGAGGCAGUAGCAGCAAGAAGACGAUCAUGUCCACAAAUCAAGAAUUGGGAUUCUCUGAACAAAUGCAUAAGCGUAUGAAGAAGCUUGAUUCUCCUUCAUCAAUUAAGUCCGGAAAAGGAGGGGAUUGCAGCACCCUAACAACCCCCAUGAGCAGCUCUAGUGCAACGUUUGACAAUGAAAGAAAAAAACCACAUUGGCUUUUCCAAGGUUUAAGAUUAAACAUGACUGUUUGA